UAGGUCGAGCAAAUUAUCUUGGAUAAGAUUAAGAUGAAAUAGAAACACGAGGCAAUCGCAACAGCAGGCAUGAGCACCACCAUCACGCCGGAUCUUCAAACACGCGACUGGACAGAGCUUCCAGUCGACGUGACGGCGACGAUUCUCGCGAAGGUAGGGGCCAUUGAAAUCCUGACGAGUGUGCAAUAUGUGUGUUCUUCAUGGUUGAGGAUCUGCAGAGAACCGUCGAUGUGGCGGAGCAUCGACAUGCGUAACCUUGGAGAUCUUUGCGACGUGGAAUAUGACUUGGGGAAGAUGUGUCGGCAUGCCGUUGAUCUUAGUCAUGGCAGCUUGAUUUCUAUCAACAUCGAGUCCUUUGGUACCGAUGAUCUCCUCAACUACAUCGCUGAAAGGUGUCCCCAUAUAAGAAGCCUUAGACUGGUAUCUUGCUAUUGCAUAUCAGACCUUGGAUUGAUUGAAGCUGUAUCAAAGUUUCCACUGCUGGAGGAGCUUGACAUUUCAUUCUGUUCACUAUCAAAAGAGACUUUGGAAGCUGUUGGGAGUUGUUGUCCUCAUCUGAAAUCGUUGAAAUUGAAUGAUAAGGGUUACAGAUGCCCGAAGAUAGUGUGUGAUGACGAGGCAAUAGCAAUUGCAGAGAACAUGCCUAAAUUAUGCCAUCUUGAGAUAUUUGGUAAUAAGCUGUCAAAUGAUGGCUUGGAGGCCAUUCUUGAUGGUUGUCCUCACCUUGAAUCGCUUGACCUGCGCCAGUGUUUCAACAUCAAUCUUGGUGGAAAUUUGCAGAAAAGAUGUGCUGAACGGAUCAAAGUUAUGCAAUAUCCAGAUGAUUCUAUUAAGGAUGGGGAAUUUGAUACAGACUUUCUUGAACAUUAUGGAUCAUCUGAAGAAGACUAUCCAUCUGGAAUAUCUGACAUUGAAUUUGUGUCGGAUGAGGAUGAUUACUAUGAAUUCUCUGAUUAUGAAUUUGACUAUGAAUAUAUGUUUUAUGAUUAGUAGUUAAGUUUAAACGAAUUAUGUGUGGUUCUCAUAUUAUGUCAAAGUAUGUAAUGGUCUGUAAUCAGCUCUCUUUUCUGCCACAUUUAAGACUUGAAAUGUUUGGUAUUUGGAUCUGUGUAUCAGAUUUUACUGCUGAACUAAAUUAGAGCACAAAUCUUUAACAUA